UCAUUAACCUUAAUAAUUUGCCAACUUUUAUAGGACGGAUUUUUAUUAUUUUUAAAUAACAAAAUUCGAAAUAUAUUAAUAUAUUUAUUUAAACCAUGUCCACUCCCCUUGAAAUCGACGGUUCUCUUCUAGAAGGGGGAGGACAAAUACUACGAGUUGCUCUUACAUUAAGUUGUUUAAAGAAAAUUCCAAUACGAAUAUUUAAUAUUAGAGCCAAAAGAGGUAAACCAGGUUUAAUGGAACAACAUUUAAAAGGAGUUGAACUUGUUAGGGACAUGUGUUCAGCAACGGUAAUUGGCGCCCAGAAAGGCUCAACGGAAAUCACCUUUUACCCCGGUCAUAUAAGGGGUGGUUUUUUCAAAUCACAUAUUCAUACAGCUGGUAGUGUAAGCUUGCUACUCCAAGUUGCUCUUCCUUGUGCUUUAUUUGCGGACUCGGAGGUAACAAUGACAUUAAAAGGAGGGACAAAUGCCGAAAUGGCACCCCAAAUAGAUUAUACAACGGAGGUGUUUCGAGGUAUAUUAGAAAAAUUCGGUGGAACAUUUGAUUUCGAACUUGUUCGAAGGGGAUAUUUCCCAAAAGGAGGAGGUGAAAUACGUGUUACGGUGAAACCAGUGAGUCAGUUAAAUGGAGUUAAUUUAAUUGAGCAAGGACAAAUAACAUCCAUCCAGGGUUGGAGCUAUACGGCUGGAUCUUUACCUGUUAGCUUAGCUCACAGGACAGCAAACGGGGCAAAAGGUGCUUUUAAGAAAUACAAAAAUGUCCAUAUUGAAUGCUACAAAGAGGACAGAGAAAUCGCUCCUGAUAAUUGUGCCGGGAUAAUUUUAGUAGCUGAAACUGACACAGGUUGCAUAUUAGGAUCUUCUGCGCUAGGCAAAAGAGAUGUGAAAUCGGAAGAAACGGGUAUAAAGGCUGCUUUAAAACUGCUAAACUCAAUAGAAGAAGGUGCCUGUGUGGACGAAUAUAGUCAAGAUCAAAUCAUUAUACUGAUGGCGAUAGCGAAAGGGCCUUCAAGUGUAAGAGUUGGCGAAAUAACCCUACACACGAAGACAGCUAUAUUUGUUGUAGAGGCUCUAGCAAAGGUCCAGUUCAACAUUGUGCCGGUCCCAAUGGGUGGAAAUGUUAUUCGUUGCACAGGGAGUUAAUAAGAUUUAAGUAAAUAAGUUACAAGGACAAUUAUUGUGUGUUCUGUUAUUCCAG